UUUUUUUUUCCCUUUCCCUUACUUUUUUUUUUCUUUUGUUAAAAUGCCAGCAGUUUAUUCCAAGUUGGCAUCAUCAGAAUGGGGUUUGUUUAUACUACCUCAUUUAAGUCAAUUAUUAAAAAGCUAUAGAAAACAUCGUACAACGAUUCAUCAGUCCAUCUUGAUCAUCUUUCUUUUGCGCUCUUUAUUAUCUUUGAAAAAAUUAAUUAAAGCAGUUCAAAAGAAGAAUACAACAACAACAAUAACAAAAAAGAAGAAUGAAAAAGUCCAAGUGGAUAUUGUAUUUUUUAAGCAUCUUUAUAAAAUAUUAAAAAUUGUUAUGCCUGGGAUUCGAUCAAAAGAGUUUUGGUUAUUAGUGAUUCAUUCAGGCUUUUUAGUCUUUAGGACUGUUUUAUCUGUCUAUAUUGCUUCUUUGGACGGUAGAAUUGUAAGUGCAUUAGUAAGAGGACAACUUAAGGAGUUUAUCUUGGGUAUCAUUUGGUGGAUGACGGUAGCUAUUCCUGCUACUUAUACAAAUAGUAUGCUUAGUUAUCUGCAAAGUAAACUUUCUAUUCAAUUUCGUACACGUCUUACGACUUUUAUUCAUGAUAAAUAUUUAAAGGAUAUGACCUUUUAUGCAGUGGGUAACUUGGAUGAUCGUAUCAAGAAUGUCGAUCAAUGCAUCACUGUCGAUACAAUGAAGUUCUCAAAUUCACUUGCUGAACUUUAUUCCAAUUUAGCCAAGCCUAUCUUGGAUGUAUUUAUCUAUAACUAUCAAUUAUCAAAGAACGUUGGCUUUGAAGGUGUCCUGCUGGGUUCUGUCAUCAUCCAUAUAUCAUCUGCCAUCAUGCGUAAAUAUACUCCCUCCUUUGGUAAGAUGGUUGCAGAGGAACAAAGAUUAGAGGGUGAAUUUAGAUUUAGACAUUCACGUCUCAUGGAAAACGCCGAGGAGGUAGCGCUCUUGGAGGGUCAAAGGAUUGAAAAGAGGGAAUUAGACAAGAGUUAUCAUUCACUUAUUCGUCAUCUGAAUCGUGUCUUUCGUGUACGUGUCCCCUAUGGUAUGUUGGAGGAUUUCAUUAUCAAGUAUUUUUGGGGUGCCUGUGGAUUGAUAUUAUGUUCAGUUCCUGUCUUUUUUCAAAUUCCCGGAAUAUCUACCAUGUCUUCUGUAGGUGGAAGAACAGAAGGCUUUGUCACAAAUCGUCGUUUAUUGAUGAGUUCAUCUGAUGCUGUAGGUCGUAUCAUGUAUGCUUAUAAAGAGAUUACUGAAUUAGCCGGUUACACGAGCAGAGUAAAUGAUUUAUUAGAGGUAUUUGAAGAUGUAAAAGUAGGAAGAUAUCAAAAGAAUCUUGUUUCAACCAUGUCAACCGAUUUAAAUAAAGAAACUUUAAAGGGACGUGGAGAAGUGAUUGAAAGUGAAAAUAUUGAAUUUAUAAAUGUACCUAUCGUGAGUCCUAAUGGUGAUGUUCUUGUACCUCAAUUAACUUUUCAUGUGAAACCUGGUAUGCAUUUAUUAAUCGUAGGUCCUAAUGGCUGUGGUAAAUCAUCGUUGUUUCGUAUCUUGGGUGGAUUGUGGCCUGUCUAUGGAGGCACUGUUCAUCGUCCAAGUCAUCGAGAUAUAUUUUAUAUUCCUCAAAGACCCUAUCUUUCAUUGGGUACAUUUAGGGAUCAAAUUUUAUAUCCUGAUACAAUGGAAGAUAUGAAAAAGAAAAAUAUAAGUGAUGCCCAAUUAUUAGAUAUCUUGAAGAUUGUUCAAAUUGAGCAUAUUGUCGAAAGAGAAGGUGGAUGGGAUACAGAAAAAGAAUGGACCAUUGCAUUAUCAGGUGGAGAUAAACAGCGUAUUGCUAUGGCUAGAUUAUUCUAUCAUUCACCUCGCUAUGCUAUUCUGGAUGAAUGUACAAGUGCAGUAAGUAUGGAUAUCGAAAAGAUUAUGUACACUCAUGCUACUGCCCUCGGAAUUUCUCUUUUAACUGUCUCUCACCGUCCUUCACUUUGGAAAUAUCAUAACUUUAUACUGCAAUAUGAUGGACAAGGAGGUUAUAUCUUUACUAAACUAGAUGCUCAAAAGAGAUUAGCUCUUCAAGAAGAAAAGAAUGCUAUUGAAGCAAAAUUACUUGAUGUACCUAAAAUCCAAGCUCGAAUUCAAGAAUUAUCUGAACUCAAAUAAAAUAACAAUAGUAAUAGUAAAAAAAAAAAAAAAAAAAAAAAAAAAAAA